AGUUGACUUCAUUUAAUUGCUGGAGUUAUAAAUUUUAAUUUGAUUUCAGGCUAACAAGACAGACAUUCACUUACCUGUCUUACCAAGGAGAUCAGCUUAAUGCUGGGUUCUGAAAAUAACGCAAGCAGCAGCAGCGGGAUAACGUCAUCAGAUAUGCCACCCUUGCCUCAGUGCUUGCCACUUGAUCCAAUUAUAUUAGGCAAUCCAAAGUAUACUCGUUCUGGAGAGCUGAGGAAGGUUCUAGGUGUCCCCUUGGGAAGCACUUCAGAAGAUCAUUCUCUUGGUGUUCCACAUCAAAAACCCAUGGCCCCACUAGCCUCAGGGGAGCUAAAGCACUUCAAAGAAAGCGUGCAAGUUAACUCCAGAAAGGCGAGGGAUAGAGCAAAAAUGUUGCGGGACUCUAUAUCUAAAUUGGAUAAAUAUAGGGAGGAAUUAAGCUCAAAGAAGCGACAAAGAACUGAUUUUCCGAUGGACAGGGGAGGUGGAGUAAACUUAACAAAGAUGGGUAGCCAGCUUCAUAGAAAUUCUAGUGAUAUUCUAACUCAAAAAUCAGAAGCCAAGGCCUCAAGUUCUACACUGAACAAACGGAUUCGAACAUCUGUAGCGGAUGUGCGGUCAGAAAGUAGGUCUGCUGCUGCUAUGAGGCAGCAGGAUUGUAAUUUGAUUCAGACAGUUGGAGGGAGCUCAGUCCGAAUCGAAGAGAAGACUCGCAGAUUGCUUGCUGGAGGAGAAGGGUUAGAUCAUAAAAUAAAGAAGAAAAGGUCUGUUGGGGCUGUAGGUAACAGGGUUAUAGGUGGUGACAGAGAUGUAAAGCGAGCUACUCUUGCCAAGGCCAGUUCAGAUUUAAAAUUGCGGUUGUAUGAUCCUCAGGGUUUCAGAUCGAAGCCUCUUCCUGGAGCUUGUGGAAUCAACAAGUCUGAAAGUUCUUCAGAGCCUACUAAUUCAGGUGUGCGUACGAUGCUUGGGAGUGAGCAAGAGGGUGCUUCUCUUCACAGGGACAGCAUGCCUACUUUAGAGCAUAGAGUAGCUAAAGGAAACAACAGGGCAAACGCUCAGGAGGAUUGUCUGGCAAGUAGUCCGAACACGCUGAUUAAAAACAAGGUAUCCCGCGCACCACGAACAGGUUCAGUUACGGCUCUAGACUCUUCUAGUACUCAGCCUUCUUCUGGUUCUUUCCCAGGUUCAGGUUCUUCUAUACAUCCAAUGACCAAGUGGGUUGGUCAGAGGCCCCAUAAAAAUUCCCGCUCAAGAAGAGCAAAUGUAGUUUCUCCUGUUUCACGUAACAUAGAAACUCAGGUUUCAGCUGAAGGCUGUCCAACUCCUGAUUUUAGCGUUAGAACUUCUGCUGUUGGAAGCAGUGGAUCUCAGAUGGCUAGCAGUGUGGAUAACAGUACUAAAAAAUAUAAGAGACCAUCUGAUGAUAUUUCAUCUCCGUUUGGCUUAUCUGAAAGUGAAGAGUCCGGAGGUGGGGAAAACAAAAUAAAAGAGAAAGGAUUGAAUAAUAGUGACUUUACUCCGACAGCAGAAAAAGCUGAGGCUUUGAAAUUAAAGAUGAGGAAGAAUAAGAUUCCAAUCGAUGAAUCUGGAGAUUGUGUGCAGAGACAAGGAAGACUUGGAAGAAAUUUAUCCUUUGUAAGGCCAGGCCUUCCUUCAGGGAGGGAGAAAACAGAGAGUCUACCAAUAAUGAAGCCGCUGCAGAACAUGGGAUCUAAUGACAAGAGUAAAAUCAAGUAUGGCCGUCCUCCGUCGAAAAAGCAAAAAGAUCGCAAGGUUUUGACUCAUGUGGGGCAGGUUUUGGGCGAUGGUGCUAAAAAGUUUUCAGGUGAAUGUGAUGAUGACCGUGAAGAGCUAUAUCAAGCUGCCAAUUCUGCACGUAAUGCUGGCAAUCGUGCAUGUUCUGGUCCAUUUUGGCGUAAAAUGGAGUCUAUUUUUAGUCCUAUCUGCUUGGAGGAUUCAUCAUACUUGAAACAACAGGUAGCAACUAGCAACUGUGGGGUUGAAAUCACACAUUUCAUUGAUCAUAUAGCCUUGUGA